UUGCUCAUUGGUGGCUAGUGAGGUUCUAAAAUUUCUCUCUCAAUUUCUCACUUCUCUCACUUUCUCUAUCUUUGUCUUUCUGUUAUCCAUCUCAAAUAAUAAUGGCAUUCAAGAAAAACCUGCUAGUGUGCACACAACUACAAUGUGAGACCAUGGAAGAAAUGCUGGCUUCAAUGGAGAAAGCCAAGGCAGAAGGUGCAGACCUUGUGGAGCUUUGCAUAGAUUCCAUGUCAUUCUCCCACACUUCUGAGGUUGAGAAGCUCAUCAAACAAAGAGCUUUGCCAGCCAUAGUCUCUUACAGGCUCAAAUCAUCAAGGACUUCAGGCAAAGGAGAAUGCAAGACUACCUGCAUGCAAGUACUGAGACUGGCUCUUGAAUUAGAUGUUGAAUUCGUUGAAAUGGAUUUUGAGGUGGCUUCUGAUAUUGGCAUGGCUGAAUGCAUGUACAAGCGUGCCAAUAGCAAAAUAAUUGUCUCAAGCUUUGUGAAUGGUGGGAAACCUUCAAAUGAAAGACUUGGUAAUCUGAUUGCAUGUAUGCAAUCAACUGGAGCAGAUGUUAUUAAGCUUGUUAUUGAUGUGGAUUAUAUCACAGAUUUGGCACCGGUUUUCCAGAUGCUUGCUCAUUGCCAGGUGCCAUUAAUUGCUAUUGCAGUGGGUAGCAGAGGUCUAAUAAGCCAACUAUUGGGUCCUAAAUUUGGUGGAUUUUUAGUGUAUGGAUCUCUGGAAGGAAAAUCAGUACCUGGGUUGCCAACUUUAGUCAGCCUUAAACAUGUUUACAAACUUGAAUACUUGAAUGCAGAUACAAAAGUUUUUGGACUCAUUUCAAAUCCAGUAGGUCAUAGCAAGGGUCCUAUUCUGCACAACCCUGCCUUUAGACACACAGGAUAUAAUGGAAUUUAUGUUCCCAUGCUGGUCGAUGAUAUCAAGGAAUUCUUUAGAACCUAUACAGGCACUGACUUCGCAGGUUUCAGUGUUGGAAUCCCACACAAAGAAGCUGCAGUUGGGUGUUGUGAUGAAGUACAUCCACUGGCUAAGUCUAUAGGAGCUGUAAAUACUAUUGUAAGGAGGCCUAUUGAUGGGAAGCUGGUCGGUUAUAACACAGAUUGUGAGGCUUCUAUCACUGCAAUAGAGGAUGCAUUAAGAGAGAGACGAGUUGCCAAUGGAGAAGCAUUACGUACUUCUCCUCUAGCUGGGAAAACAUUUGUAUUGGUUGGAGCAGGAGGUGCAGGAAGAGCACUUGCUUUUGGUGCUAAAAGUAGAGGUGCUCAGGUUGUCAUAUUCAACCGGAAUUAUGAGAGAGCAAAGUUGCUUGCAGAUGCAGUUUCAGGGGAAGCUCUACCAUAUGAAUGCUUAAAAAGAUUCUGCCCUCAGGAGGGAAUGAUCCUUGCAAAUGCUUCUGCUAUUGGAAUGGAACCAAAUACUGAUCAAACUCCUGUCUCAAAGGAGACCUUGAGAGCAUAUGAGCUGGUUUUUGAUGCGGUUUAUACACCUAGAAAUACACGGCUCUUACAAGAGGCUGCAGAGGUUGGGGCCAUCGUAGUGAGUGGAGUGGAGAUGUUUAUCAGACAGGCCCUAGGCCAAUUCAGACUGUUCACCGGUGGCUUAGCUCCAGAAGAUUUCAUGCGCAAGCUUGUUCUAGCACAAUUUUGAUGCUUCUAACCGAUCAAGCCAAGAACAAAUUUGUUAAUAUAUAUAGUACUUUGUCACUUCUUCUGCGGUAUUGAAGUAAUAAAUCUGUGAAGAUGCACUCUAGCUUAGCUCACAUGGUUUGUUUGAGGUUGUCCUACUUGGAGCUCGAACACCGUCAUCAGCUAGUCAAUCCAAAGGCCCCCCACUCUGAUGAAGUUGCAUGCAAGGACAAGGCUCUUAGGAUUAUAGAUAGGAUAGGUUGAGACCAAAUAAUAAAAGAAAGAUUUUUUGGCCAUGUGUUUGUUAGAAUUACCAGGUGCUCCAAAUUGUGUCACUUUUUUUUUUUUUGAGUAAUAUUUGUUUGAUGGAAGUUCAACUGUGUUCCAUGAAUUUCUUCUCAUGAUUGUGCAAGACAGGACUAAUGCUAUUGUUUGUUAAGCACAGUUAGUUUUGAAUGAACAUAUAUAGGCAGUACAUGUAUUUUAUUGCUUAAGCCA